AUGAGUGUGGUAUUAAGUGAUAUUCCGGAAAUAGAACGAACGAAGCUUCACUUCAUAUUUAAACUUUGGCUCGUGACGAACGAUACAUCGAAACCGUAUAUACGAUGGAACCGUGCUCAAACCGUGCUCAUCGUUGACUUGGAAUUGAUGAUGUUUCAUUUCCUAACCGACGUGUCCACCAUAUUUACGUGCCAAACCAUCGAAAAUUUCAUUUGGCUGUUGUACAAAUAUGCUUUUGAAAAGUGCACCAAGUAUAUGCUGGAAGAGGCGGAGCAUGCCGAAUUCAACCCGUGCUGCAUGAUCUUCCGUCAUCCACAGUUUGUCGGUAGCAAUUCGAUGGUGUUUGACGCAUGGCUUUCAAACCCGGCGGUUCGGGUGCAUGAGCCUAAUGAAAAGGGAAGGUGCACGUUACCAUCGCGGCUUGGCUUUAUCGUCCGCGAAAACAUUCCCGAGUUUUCCUUAGCGCGAAUGCAAGUAAAGUUCGCAAUGAUGCACUUGGAACUCAGAUUACGACAACCCUUGAGCAAGCAGAAAAACGCUGCGAUCGUUGUUCCCGAGCCGCAUAUCGAUCGACCGGUGAUGAGUGUACCGCAGUACCUCGAAACGAAGGAGAUUGAAGGUAACUAUGGUCCGGUGUCGGUAAGCGAACUGAAGAAAUGUCUUGGCAACAUGAUUACCGUAUCAUAUGAUGACUUGGAUCAAAAUGGAGAAUCUGAAAAUGUUUCUGACAAUGGAAUUAUAGUGGAAGAAGUACCGCCAGUGCUUGCAGAUAAUGAAACAUCAAGGGUCCAUGAAGGUGAUGCACAAGAAACGGCUAUUGUUGAACUGGAGGCACCCAUAACCCUGCAGUUUAAUGAUUUGCGGGAACUGUACGAGAGCGUCAAUUUCUGGACAUCCGAAGCUGAAGAUGGAAGUGUAAUUGAGUAUCACGAGAUAUACGACAUCAAAAAUGUAUUUCCCGAAGAAACCGAAGAAACUGAACCGACAAGUGCUGGAAAUGUGGAAAACUCUAUCCAAAUUCUACCAAUCCAGCUUACGGAGAAUGGACAAAGCAUGGAUGAAGGUAUGAUGUCCGCCGAGAACCUGACGGAGAGUAUGAAAGCGUGCCUUCCGGCGAUUGAUUUCGAUUAG